CACUAGCAAGCCUGUAAAGUGAUUUCAUUGAGUUCAAACGUCAAAAGCGGAUAUUGGCACCAGGCAACAAGAUGUCCCUCACUGUGAAAAACAUUUCUGUUACUUAUAAUUCUAUCAAUCAGAGCAAUACCUUCACCAGUGGGGAUUUUAUAUCAGGACAUGUCAUUCUAGAUGUAGCGAAGGACACACUUAUCCAGUUGUUGAGUGUGAAAAUGAAAGGUAAAGCAAAGGUGUGCUGGACAGAACACUACGGUCAAACAACUAUUGUUUACUCGGAUAAGGAGAAGUAUUAUUCCAUGGAGAGGUUUUUCGUUCUGGAGGACAAAACACAUGGUGACUUUGAGAUGCUGAAUGAUCCCUCUGGACAGCCGUAUUCUUCGGUUGUGGCACCAGGGCGUCACGUUUACCCAUUCACCUUUCAGUUGCCUCAACAACACUUCCCACCAUCCUUCAAAGGUUCAGUUGGAAAAAUUGUGUAUGCUUUGGAGGCAAAACUAGAAAGAGCAAUGCGUGUUUCUAGUAAAGACAAAGCAGAGUUCCACUAUGUACCUAAACCUGAUCUGACUGUUCCUGAACUAAUGGCACCUCAGUAUGGAACCAAAGAUAAGCAAAUGAAACUCUUCACCUCUGGGAGUGUCUCCAUGAGAAUAAACAUAGAAAAAAUGGGAUACUACCUUGGAGAGGGCUUGAAAGUUUUGGCUGAAGUUCAGAACAAUUCGUCCCGUUCAAUCAAGCCAAAAUAUUGCUUGUAUGAAAAACACAGCUUUUUUGCAAAAGGCAAGAGAAAACUUCACACACAAGACCUGCUUAAAGAGGAAGGGGAACCCAUUGAGCCAAACUCAAAGAAAACUGUCACCAAAGUGCUGUCCAUUCCACCCAGCCUUGCCAUAUCUAUCCUAAACUGUAGGAUCCUCAAGGUUGAGUACAGACUCAGGGUCUACCUGGAUGUGCCAUAUGCCUCAGAUCCGGAGAUUAAAUUCCCAGUUGUGAUUCUUCCUCCUCAGCCUUUGUCAGAUCCUAAAGACAUUGAUUUUGGAAUCUGGAAACAACCAGCAGAAAGCAAUAUGUACCUCAACCCACCUCCUAUUGCUCCACAAGCCCCACCACUUCAUGUGGUUGGACCACCUGGUCAGUUUGGAGCUAGUUACCCUGCUCCUCCCCAUGUUCAAUUAGGAGCAUCUGGUUACCCUGCUCCUCCUCUUGGUCAGUUUGGUCCAGAUUCUCAUCGGUCUGACCCAUCAGCUCCACCUCCAUAUCAGGACUAUCAGUUAUAUCCACAGUUUCCAGACCACCCUGAAAAAUCUUGACAAAAUGGUUUUA